AAGUUUAAUAAUAUUUAAUUAAAGGUGCAUCCUGAUUAACUUAUAAUGGGGUUACGUAAUUGGUAGCAAUUUUACUUUUCUCUCGACAAUAAAGAUAACUAAUAAUAAUGACAACAAUAGUUUAGCAAUCUGUCUUGUUUACAUAAAAAUGAGUCCUGAAUCAAUUCGCGAGUCUGUAUUGUGCUCUCAAAUAAGUAAACUUAAUUUUAUAUUGCGUCAUCAACUUGUUCGGGUUGAUAGUCGAGAUAAUAACGGAAGAACGUCGUUGCAUUUAGCUAUAAUUUACUCAAACAUACCUGCAGUGAAGCUUUUGAUAAAAUAUGGAAUAAAUCUAGAUUUUCAAGACAAUGAAGGUAAAACAGCACUCCACUUAGCAAUUCAACAUAGCAAUAUACAAGCAAUUAAGGUUUUGUUAGCCCACGGUGUAAAAAUAAACGUAAAAGAUUUAUUAGGCUUUACCCCCCUUCAUCUUGCAUUGCAUUCAAACAACUAUUUAUCCAACAAAGAAGCAGUAUUUUUGUUAGUUGCAAACGGUGCCAAUGUAAAUACAGCAAACUCAGCCAAAAAAACUCCUUUGCAUACAGCAGUUAGUAGUUUUAACAGAUACGCAGUAGCGUUACUCUUAAAGGCUGGCGCUAAUGUAAACGUUAAAGACGAAACCAAAUCAACAGUUCUUCAUUAUGCUGUGAAUCAAAACGACUUAAAUUUUGUACAGUUUUUUUUGAUAAAUGGAGUAAACGAUUCAAUUGUAAAUGCAUACGGAAAAACAGCUUUGGAAAUGGCUCAAAAUGUUUCUGAUUGGCGAAUUGCUGCUAUUUUGAAAAGUUACAAAACAUCUAAACUUGAUCAGAAAUUACAAUUACAAGAUAAUUAAACUAUUAAAAUUAACGUAAGAGGAUAAAAUGGAUAACUGUAAAAAAAUAUUUUAGAAGUACCUUUUUUUUGCUGAAUGUAUAAAUGAUGAUUUGAA